AAAACACUUCAACCUCAUUUGGUGGUGCCGAACAGGUAGUGGAUUUCUAGUCCAGUUGUAGAGGGAGAGAGAGAGAGAGAUCAGCGAGGUAUGGCGGCGAUCGCUAGCGUCAAGGCCCGUCAGAUCUUUGAUAGCCGUGGCAAUCCCACCGUUGAGGUGGAUGUUUGCCUAACUGAUGGGACGUGCGCAAGGGCCGCUGUCCCCAGCGGUGCUUCAACAGGUGUAUAUGAAGCUCUAGAAUUAAGAGAUGGAGGAUCAGAUUAUCUUGGGAAGGGUGUCCUCAAGGCUGUUGCAAAUGUUAAUGCUAUCAUAGGACCUGCUCUUAUUGGCAAGGAUCCAACAGAACAGGUUGAGAUUGAUAAUUUCAUGGUCCAACAGCUUGAUGGAACCUCAAAUGAGUGGGGUUGGUGCAAACAAAAGCUAGGGGCAAAUGCUAUACUGGCUGUUUCUCUUGCUGUGUGCAAAGCUGGAGCCAGUGUGAAGAAGAUUCCUCUUUACCAGCAUAUUGCUAACAUUGCUGGAAACAAGAACUUGGUGUUGCCUGUACCAGCUUUUAAUGUUAUUAAUGGUGGAUCACAUGCUGGAAAUAAGCUUGCCAUGCAGGAGUUUAUGAUUCUUCCUGUUGGGGCAUCCUCGUUUAAAGAGGCCAUGAAAAUGGGUGUGGAAGUUUAUCAUAAUUUGAAGGGUGUAAUCAAGAAAAAGUAUGGACAGGAUGCUACUAAUGUUGGUGAUGAAGGGGGUUUCGCUCCAAACAUUCAGGAAAACAAAGAAGGCCUUGAGCUUUUGAAGACUGCAAUAGCGAAAGCUGGAUACACUGGCAAGGUAGUUAUUGGGAUGGAUGUUGCUGCGUCAGAAUUUUAUAGUGAUGGUGAUAAGACUUAUGACCUUAACUUCAAGGAGGAGAACAAUGAUGGUUCACAAAAAAUAUCAGGCGACAAAUUGAAAGAUGUCUACAAGUCUUUCGUAUCCGAAUAUCCAAUUGUGUCCAUCGAAGAUCCAUUUGAUCAGGAUGAUUGGACCCAUUAUGCCAAGAUGACUGAAGAAAUUGGGCAGCAGGUCCAGAUUGUCGGGGAUGAUCUUCUUGUCACAAACCCCACGAGGGUGUCCAAGGCAAUCAACGAAAACGCAUGCAAUGCCCUUCUCUUGAAGGUUAAUCAAAUAGGAACUGUUACAGAGAGUAUAGAAGCUGUGAAAAUGUCUAAGCGUGCUGGCUGGGGUGUAAUGGCAAGCCACCGAAGUGGUGAAACAGAGGAUACAUUUAUUGCUGAUCUCUCUGUCGGUUUAGCAACUGGACAGAUCAAGACAGGAGCUCCAUGCCGCUCAGAGCGCCUUGCCAAGUAUAACCAGCUGCUUAGGAUCGAAGAGGAGCUCGGCGAUGCUGCAGUCUAUGCCGGGGUCAAAUUUAGGGCACCCGUGGAGCCUUAUUAGAUGGAGCUGCUAAACUAAGACACUCGUUGCUGAGUUCUAUGAUUUUGGUGCCCCUCUUUGGGUGGGUAUGGUAUGUCCGAAGUAUGUCAUCUGUGUUUUAGCAGUUGGCAGAAUAAGUGAUUGUUUUGGUAUAUGGUCAACAAUGACAGCGUUAUUGUGGGUUGGGACUUUCAUCUGGUUGAAGUUUGUAGAAAUCUCUCUUUCCAAAGAGAUUACAUGUUGUUUAUUGAGUGAUUUCUUCUUGGGAUGCA